GUAACAUUUUUUUGAAAAAAUACUUACUAUGUGACCACCGGUAGUUUGCGAGUGUGUGAUUGUAUAAGAAAAUGAAGUGUUUUUUUUAAUGCGUUCGUUUGCAUUGCAAUUACAUCCGGUGGCUAGCAAUACAUGUUUCCGACCUUUUUUUUGCAUACACGUGUGCAACGUGAUUGUGGUGCCUUUUUUUCCUCGUGAACGAUGGUUUAGCCGUUUAGCAGUAGUCCUGUGUUCACGCGGCUUGCCGACACAGUUAAAAAAAGGGGUCGUUUGUGCGUUUUGUUUUUAUGGAAAAGUGCAAAACAAAACAGUGUUUAAAAAAGUUAUUCGUGACAUAUGCAAAAUUUUCGGGUUCUUUGUGAGGUGUGUUUGGUCGAAAAAAAAUAUGCAAAGAACUGAAAAGUUAUGUGUGUAACAAAAAAAAGAAUUUUAAAGUCAACUUAAGAAAACUUAAAGUACAAACAAAUAAUGAAAAGCUUAUGCAAUGCUCGCUUUCGUAUGUGUGAAGAGAAUGGCACCAGCAAGUGGGCAAUUUAAAAGAGAAAUUUUAAACGUUCGAAUUUCCUGCCAGGUCGUUCCAGACCGGUCCAUUUUCCCGGAUUGGUGACGUUUGAGCGCCCGAGGGGGAAAUAGACAGUUCAGCCAAGAUAGGAAACAGUCCGGAAUUGACCCGCUGACUUGUUGCGGUUAUUUGUGGUAUAAAUGGGGUGCAGGCUUUGGCAUGAUCGUUGAGGUAGAUGAAAAAAAAAACAAGCGCCCGAACCGUGACUGUUGCUCCAGCCUUUGCUGCCUUGAGAAAUAUACGAAAUGUUAGUGACAUGUUCUUUUUUUUACGAAGUCGCUAUUAUUGGUUGAUAAUGCGUAGGCGCCUGCGUCUAUACCUUGUAUCCGGACGGCCAGACUAGUUCAGUUUACGAAAGGAACUUUUGUCUGUCUGCAAGACACACAGCACAGCAUACCUUUGGUCAUUUUUCUUAUCACAUUUGCAACAUGUGAGUGAAGGGAAAGCCUCGUCAUUGCUCUCCUACGCAUGCGAUAGAUUGCGGUCAGAUCACAGAGCACUACUACAUACAGCGACAACAAGAAAAUACAGUAAAUGUUACUGCAAGCUUGCUCCGUAGUCUGGUUAAAUUGCCCUUCAGUUAGACCAUGUCACCCUUAAGCACAGCCAGGGGUGUUGUUCGGUGGGCAAGUUUUCACAUCGCAAACAAUGGUCACAGACUGCCAAUGGGAUCUGUAACGGAAUGCAACUCAUGUGAAAAUGAUGGCCGGAACAUGGACCACAUGUACAUGUUCUAGUGUAUGAAAGUACUGGUUUGAGCUAAAUUGAGAAAAAUAUUCUUGUAGAAUAAUACAUGUAUUAAGAUGUACGUGGAGUGGAUUUUUCCUCUAACACAACCAUUGGAUUGUUUUUCUGAUGAUCUGUUCUUAGAGAUGAAAUUAGCAUCUUGUUGCUCCCUUCCCUUUUCUAUCAUGUAUGUGCAAAUAAAACCCUUUCCAAGGUUGGAGUGUUAAAAUUAAUUAGCAUGUAUCAAAGCAUGAUCCUUCCAAACCGUUUCAAACACGUCUCUAACUUAUGGUGAAGGUAAACGCUAAUUAAAUCAUAAUUUACUACAAAUGGAUAUAAUUUUCGCCACCAAUAUAUGUUGGCUAGCCGGGCAAGAUUCGGUACAUACCGCUUCAACACGCAUACCGUACAACACGGUGCCUUUUUCGGGAGAGAAAAUCACAUUUUAAUUUAAUUAACAACCCACCGGUUUGUGAUCGAUUGACUUUUUUGUUGUUUUGUUUUUCCCCUCUCUCGGCGUGACCUUCUUUCUAGCUAUAUGACGGUUUACACCAGCGUAUGAUCGUUUGUCAUCGUGUCACAAUCGGGCAAAAACGUUCACAAACAUAUAUAGGGAUCCUUUUAUGAACAAUUUCAAAGAGACAGAAAUGAGCAUGCAAUUUAGUCGCCUGCCAAAUUCGAUCACCGGUCGCUUUCGGCCAUUUAACCGGGCGGGCUCAUAAAUGGUAAAAUGAGUUGACACGCACCGUUCUUGUGAAAUUUACACCUUUGCUUCGCUAUCGUUCCACCGGCCAGAAGUCCCGCUUCGGUGUCUCGUGCUUGAUCUUGGAACCGAAAUAGAUAUUGCCGGAUUGUUGUCUUGAAGCUGCCAUUCCAUACUGCACACCACAAGUGAAGAAUUUACCGACAAAACUCGGCAAGCUUUCCAUGAGAAGUCGCCCGAAAUAUCUAACACUUGUAAGAAGAAACAUUCGGUACGAUCGUAACACGCCACAACGAAGAGUUUCGAUUGAUGGACACUAUUCGACGAUAGUUUUUAUGUACAGCUUUACGCGACAUCGUCUAAUUGGAUGUCGCGUGCGUACGCAAUUUUAAUUCGCGAAGGUUGUGAACUAGAUUUUGGGACAAUUUACAAAUGUUUUGCACUUACCUGUCAUCGUGUCUUUCCAUCUCCUGUUGACAUCAAUCGGGUGACUGAUGCUGCCAGUGAAUGUAUUUAUUGGAAACCGUUGUUGGAGACAUAACCAGUCGUUGCUUAAAGUUCGUCACAGGAAUUUAUUUUGCCAGCAGAAUAAAGCAACAGUGGUUGAAAGUGCUGCAUAAAAUUGUUAAAUUUUACAAAACAUACAUCACAAACAUCGGAAGAGUGAAAAUGUUCAGUGACAUUAAUUUUAUUGUAAACGAAUAUCAACCUAAAUUUGGAACUUUCAUUUCACAACCAUUUUGGUGGGAAAACGGUUUUCUAUUCUUGUCUGCAACCAAUUAAGGUGGAGAGAUCGCUGUUUCUAAACCAAUUAAUCAUGUAAUUAAUCAACUCCGAAGUGAACCAGCUGCUGCUGACCUCUUGCAAGCGUAGAAUUCGCCGCGAAACUGAAAUUUAGACCAUCUGAUCAGACAUUUUUGGGAGUAAAAGAAGAAAGGAGAAGAAUCAUAACUGAAUUCAUAAAUCGGUAAAACGUCCACUGAAUCGUGAAAUUUCCUUCAUAGAAGCUAGGGAAGUGAACUGUUUAGAAAAACAAAAUUCACCCAAAAGCGGGGAACAACCUCCAACAAAAGCCCAACCAGUUGAGAUAUGCUGGAAAAUUAAUUAAUCUUCCAAAUUUGGGCGCUUCAAAUUUUGAGUGUCUUUUGUGUUAACUGUCUGAGCCAGCCCGGUGCCCGGUGGAAAAAGAAAACAAAUCCCACCUCGGACAGUAUUGCGUGCCACCGUUACAUUUUUGCAGUUAUUCUUCACACCUCAUACGGGCCGUGUACCGGUGUACGAAUCUUUCCCAUCCACUCGAAACUCGGAACCGAUUUGAAGAUCCGCUAAAUGGCUCUUUUUUCAUCGGUACACUCUUCCCGAAACUAUUCAUCCAUCCACCUGGUGGGACGUUUGUUGCACACGAACCUAGUGGCCCAUUUUAAGACCGACGUAGUGCAGUGUUCGUCUAUCGAGAAGUUGUGAAAAACGAGGUGCCAACCGACGGAUGAAAGUAUUUUGCUGCAGGUGGCCACCAACGGUUUAGUGUGCUCUCGGUACUUGGAAGCUAUUGCGUACGUCGUGCAACGGGAACCCUUUAUCUGGCGAGAUUGUUUCUCCUUUCCGCUCGUUCGUUCAACAAUUUCGAGCCCAAGUGACCGAGAAAAUUGAACAAUUCUCGCUUUCGUUCGGGGCAUAUGCUGAGGGUGAUGAUGAUGAUGAUGAUCACUGUACCGUUUGCGUCGUCUUCAGUAUUUUUUAACGGAAGAAAGGCGACUGUUCAGGAGGGGCCCUUAAUAACGUGCCGAACGGUCACAAAGCCGGACCGAAUAUGUUGGUCACGUUCUCUUCCUUGGCUUUCUCCAAGCGCAAACGAAUGAUCUCUCCUGGGAUUCGCUCCGUAUGAUGAUCAAGCAAUCAACAUAUUUUCCAAACAUAUUUACCGGCACACAUUGUUUCGGCGUAUGACCCUUCAAAAGGGAACGUUUUAGUGCUAGCGAGCUCCUGGAACGCUUUACACGUCGCAGGGUUCGUCACUUAUGGUGCAAGUCUUUCGUUUGUUUGACACUUGAACGUUAUAAUGCGACGCGGCUAAUGUUGUGGUCGCUGAAAAAAGAAAGUUUUUGUUUUGUCUUCUUUUACGACAGUUCAAACGGAAAGAUUUUGUAAAACGAUAAUAAAUUCAAUGCUUAUACAAUACGGUUACACAGAUUAAUUUGGUGAUAAUAAUCGAACUGUUGUGGUACGUGUUGCAUGGAUUGGAUAUUCAAGCGCAUAUGUCUUUAAUUCCAUCAUAGUCAUAAUACCUUACUCUUCAUUGUCAUCGGGCCAGUUUGUGCUGAAUGAUUGAUCCGCUUUCCGAAACAAUUGUUUUAUAAUUCUUUGCGAUUUUAUACUUGAGCUGAAAUACUUUAGGAACUUGACCGCCUUUGCAUAUCCGGUUGUACUGCGAUCAACCUCGAACAUCGGAUUGUCCUACUACCGUGUUGCAGGCGUAGAAUACGACCCCAUAAGAUCCGUAUCACGUCAACCAAAGUUCCAUUUAAUUACGUAGUCUGACUACGUAGCAACAUCAAUAGAAACAUACGCACACACAGCCAACGCACCCGUACUGGCCGGUAUGCAAAGUUGUCCCUUUUGCCCAAGUUGCUACCGGCUUCGAAAACGUGCUUUUCGUGCUAAACUGGUCGAUUCGGGGUAGUUGAAAUCUGGCGUACGUGUCACUUUUGGUUCAAUAAGCACCCUUUCCAUGUACAACUGGUGUCGAAGUUUCGAACGACUCCGUGGUGAAGAUCUGCACAAUUCACAAGUGGGAAAUGUUGAGUGUCACACAGCAAGAUUAAUGGUGCAUUGCGGUUUGACCGUGAAGGGAAAGCUGGUAGACGGUGCUGUUUGGACUGCUGAGCCAGCGGGUUCGUUGCUUUCCUUACCAAAUCUGAUAAAUGGUUGGUUUGUCCUCUUUUCUUUUCCCAUUUCUCCAUUGAUCCGGAAUGAUAGUAAACUGCUAAGGGUUGUUUUCAUGAUGCAUUUUCCUAAUUGACAUCUCUGCAAAACCUAAUGACAUUCAUGGUUUCCGCUAAAACGAAAAUCUGUUUACAACUUUCCUUUAAGUAUUUAAGUUGUACCUCUUCGAUAGAAAUCCCAGUUUAGCGCAAUUCGGUGCAACUAAUUGUACUCCAGGAAUCAUUCUAAAAUCCGCUACUCUCCUUUAAAUGAAUGAAAUAUCCAAGAAUAUAUUUCUUCAAUAAACGUUCACCUGCUAUAUACCGUAGGCGUCGAUAGUAGUGUUCAAGUCACGCUCGGCAGGUGAGAGAAAAGGAACUACGUACGGACACUGCCGUCUGUUCUAUUCUUUCGUCUAAUCUUUAUUUAAUUGAUGUCCGCAUUUGGUAUCCUCGAUUGUAUGAUCAUUCUUAUCCCAAGAAAAAGAUUAACCACUAGAGAUUGUGCAAUCAAAGACAAAAAAAUAUUUUAUUCUUCAAAGAAUGGGUUGUUUUUCAAGAAUAUCUCAGUUUCAUUGUUGUUGCCUUUUUAUAUCUUUGUCACACAAAAACGAGAAGCACCACGCACCAAAUCGCUCAAUGUUAAUGAGAAACACCUUCAUCCGGGGGCACAUGGGACUGAUUAAUAGCGCUAAGUAUUAAUUUCCCAUCGUACGAGAGCACCCUCCCUGGUUUCUCACUAUCGAACCAUUUUCAAACGGCGUUGGACACAAAAUUCCUCCUACGGCUUUGCCAUCCCACGUUACGGAAGUGUGUGCACACUCACAUCUGUAUCACACGGAGCCGCACGUGGUUCUUGAGGCGUCGGAAUGUCAAGAUAUUGAGUGGAGAACCGCAACAAAAAUUGUGGCGAAAAUGAAUAGCUUUUGACCAAAGCAACUACACACUCCCGAACGUUAACGAGCGAUAAAUUCAACACCCCAAGCACACCAGCUUCAACUGCGCCCUUGUGUGUGUGGUACGCGCGGUGACACCAUCUCGGUUUUCUGACGGUUUUGUGCGACCACAAGUGGAUGAUCUAAAUUUUGUUUAUUUUAUUACAUUCCUUUGUUCCUGUUUGUGCGGGCCUGAGAGAUGUAGGUUCAUAUUUCAUCUACCAAAAAUUAUUGCUACCUCGUGUGGUAAAGAUUAUUGCAAUAAAAAUACACGGUAGAACAGGUUACCCCUUUGGAACGUCGUUGCUUUCUUGUCUCAAAUUGUGUGGUCAGUGAUUUCUUCUCGAUUUUGCGUGUAUUUUUUAAUCCCAUCCCUGAUGAAGCAGCAGGGUUUCGCAGCAAAAUCCACUUUGCAAAUGAAACCACCCAAAAACAGGUUCGUCGCUUUUCGUUGCAUUGAUGAUGUCUUUUGAUUACCAUUGAUAGAGAAGCAAAGAAAAACAUUGUUGACCUUGAUCGUUCGUCCUUCGACGAUUAUUCAGUUCAUCAUCUGUCUCUAUUAGAGGUACUGUACCAUCUGUAAUAUGAUUUUCCGUUCGCAAAGUGAUUUAAUUAUUGAGCGUGACGCAAAGAAUAGAUGCUAUUCGCUUAACAGAGCAAAUAACGCAACAGAUUUUUUUCUUGUACAUCUUUCUGUAUUGCAUAAUUUGGCAAGCACGGUUGCUUCAGCGUUAAAGCUUAACAAAGCGUUAUUCGCCGUACCACAGUUGAUGGCAGUCAUCAGUUCCGAAUGGGAAGUUGACGUCAUACGUAUACACCUCCCUGUUGUGUUAUCCAUUCGCAAAUUUCGUUUUGUGAUUGGGUGGGUGUAAUUUUGUAGUUUUAAUUCUUUCGAAAGUCGAAAGGUGUAUUUUUAAACAUUAGGUAACGCUGUAAACUUUCUGACACCCAGCCAUUGUUGAUGAACUUGGAAUACUGUACAGGAAAGAUUCAUUACGAGCGUCGUAAAAUUGUUUUGGAAUCGAUUAAGCAACUGGCGCACGGUUCUCUUCAAAGGUAGGGAUGGUAGGGAUAGAGGGUUAAGUAAAGUUUGUGAAUAAUUUAAAUAUGUAAAUGAUUCUGCGAUCGGCUUACUCGAACGUUCAAGGCAGCAAGAUUUUGGAUUCUCCGCUGUCAAUGGAAGCGUUCGUCUGUCGCCGUCGUCAUUUUGGUUCAGUGUUGUUUGCCAACUUUUUAGCAUCCCCACCUGUCCAGCAUCAACACAAACUUCCAGCUUUGUCAACCGUGUUGUGCUUCUAAACGGUUCAAUUUUUCUUCUCAAAAAAGUUUCCGCAACGACGAACACAAACAUUGUUGUGCGAUAAACGUACACGGGCAUGCAGACACGUCGGCAAGGCGGGAAGGCAAACAAGAAAUCGAAAACAAAUAAAUAAAUAAAUAAGGAGCUCAUCUCAUCGCAGAACGUCGCCAAAAAUUUCGUUUCCCGUUCGAGAAUGGUAGAAAAGGUGCAGCAGGAGCAACAGAAGUAGGAAUUUCCAAAAAACAAAAAACAACCAUCUGACAUAAUCGUCUCUCCGAGAAGGUAGCAAAACCAACUGUCCGGUUAGGUUUUGUUCAUUUCAUCGUCCUUGCACCCUAUGGUUGAGAUAUGUAGGGAUGUGGGAAAAGUUAUUCAACUAUAAAACUUACAAACAUGUGUGCAUGUUACUUAUUCAACUGAGACCUUCUUCAACUGUGUGUGACCAUUGUGAUGCUUUUGUUUUGCAGAAACGAACACAAGAAAGCGAUGACAAUGGAAAGUGCAAGUGCGAAUGCAAACAUUGUGCAAAUUGAAAAAUUCGUCAAGCGUGACAAAAUUGAUUACCGAUACGAUCGAUUGUGAGAUAUUUUUGUGCUGCUUUUAUCAAAAAUAUUGCUAACGAAAGAAUACGAAGUGAUGAAAAAAAGUUUAUAAAUGAAUCAGAAUAAUACGAGAAAAUUGUAACGAAUAUCAAAGGUGAAAAUAAUAACAUAAAGGACAGAAAAAUUUGUAAAGCGACACAAAACGAGUACCAAAAGUAAACAACAAAUAUCGCAAAUAUUGCAUUUGGUGGAAUGGUGAAAAUUGUUGUCCAAGCAGCAACCUUCUAGGUGUGAUUAUUCUAAGCGAUUACAUACGUCCCCGUAUCCUCGUAUCAUUGUGUGAAUGUGAACAAAAACAAACGCAAUGUUUGCGCCAAGAAACUCAUCGCCUCCGCUGCACAUCUACAACAGCGACGAGGUGGCCGCCUAUCAGAUAAAAUUGAAGAAAAUCUUAGGAUUAACAGUAUGCAGCAGUGCUGGACUCGAUGUAUCCUCCACAACCGGCGUUCUUGCAUAUCCAGCAGGAUGUACAGUGGUGUUGUUCAACUCCAAAAAGCUAUCCCAGAAUUUCCUGCUCAACACAGCGAAAAAGGCGAUAACGGCCGUCGCAUACUCAGAAUGUGGCCGGUAUCUGGCAACGGGAGAAUGUGGUCACAACCCCUCGAUCAAGGUGUGGGAACUGGAUGGUGGCAACGGUAGCGGUACGAUCGAGAAUGGUGCCGCCGGUAGCAUCGUGGCAGAGUUCUCCGGCCACAAGUACGCAGUCAGCUGUGUGGCCUUCUCGCCCACAGGCAAGUACCUGGUGUCGGUUGGCUCGCAGCACGACAACAUUGUGAAUGUUUUCGACUGGAAGGCAAAUCUGAAGAUCGCCUCGAACAAGGUGACUGCCAAGGUGGUGGCGGUUAGCUUUAGCGAGGAUGGCAACUACUUCGUCACUGUGGGCAACCGGCAUGUAAAGUACUGGUAUUUGGAGGGUAGCCGCAAGUAUAAGGAACCGAUCCCGCUGAUGGGACGGAGUGCCAUCCUGGGAGAGCUACGAAACAAUGACUUCUGUGCGGUAGCGUGCGGCAAGGGAGAGAUGGCCGAGAGUACGUACGCAAUUACGCGGAACGGUCAUCUGGUCGAAUUCAAUGCGCGUCGCUUGCUGGACAAGUGGGUGAUGUGCCGCACCAAUGCGGCUAACUGUAUGGUUGCCAGUACAAAGUACAUUCUCGUCGGUUGUGCCGAAGCCAUCGUGAGGGUAUUUAAUGCCGAAACGCUAGAAUACAUUACCACCCUGCCGAGGACACAUUUUCUCGGUGUUGAUGUAGCGCAAGGGGUGCACAUCAACCACAUGAUGGCGGUACCACAAAGCGCAAAGUAUCCCGACACUAUAGCCAUCGUGUAUGACGAGACUCGCUCGAAGGUGACAUGCGUGUACAACGAUCACAGUCUGUACAUCUGGGAUCUGCGAGACAUCAGGCGGGUGGGCAAGAGUCAAUCGUUUCUGUACCACUCCGCCUGCAUCUGGGGCGUCGAAACAGUGCCAUUUAGCUACCAGCAGCUCAAGCACAACGCGAACGGUGGCGAUACGUUGCCGUCGGAUUGCUUCAUGACCUGCUCAUCGGACGACACGAUUCGCGUGUGGGACGUGGACAGCUGCGAAACGAACGAGGUGUACCGGAAGAACAUCUACAGCAAGGAGCUGCUCAAGGUGCUGUACAUCGAUGACGAGCUGAAUUUCAUAAAGGAUACGGACAAUCCGAUCCACAGUACGGAGAAAAACUCAAGCUACGAUGGCCGCAAUGGGGUGCGUUGUAUCAAAAUCAGCCCGGAAAGCAGGCAGCUGGCGACGGGCGACCGGAGUGGCAACAUUCGAAUUUACAAUCUCAGUAAUCUUAAGCUCAUCACGACGAUCGAGGCGCACGAUUCGGAGGUUUUGUGUCUGGAGUACACGAAUGACAAAAUCGACCGACGUCUGUUGGCAAGUGCGAGCCGAGAUCGAUUGAUACACAUUUUCGAUUGUGAGGCAAACUAUCGAAUACUGCAAACGCUGGACGAUCAUUCGAGCAGCAUCACCUCGGUGCGGUUCAUCGGGGCCGGCAAGCAGUUCCAGAUGGUGUCCUGCGGUGCAGACAAAUCCAUCAUUUUCCGCCAUUUCCAGAACAAUGUGUUUCUGCGCGGCAAUAACUGCUCUGGGAAAAAUACACUCUACGACAUGGAGGUGGACAGCAACAGUAAGCACAUUCUUACCGCGUGCCAGGACAGAAACAUUCGCGUCUACAGCACACAGAACGCGAAGCACACGAAGACAUUCAAGGGAUCGCAUUCGGAUGAGGGCAGUUUGAUUAAGGUCAGUCUUGAUCUUAGUGGCAUCUACAUUGCAACGUCCUGCACGGACAAAACGCUCAGUGUGUACGAUUACUAUUCCAACGAAUGCAUGGCACGAAUGUACGGGCACAGUGAGCUCGUCACCGGGCUAAAGUUUACCAACGACUGCAAAUAUCUUAUAUCGGCUAGCGGGGACGGAUGUGUGUUCAUCUGGCAGGUACCGCACGAUAUGAUCGUUACGAUGCAGGCACGUCUUUCACAGCAAGCGCUUCGUUCAGGCAUCCAGCCUAUUCCACGAACGCUUCAACCAACCAACCCGUUCACUGAUGCCAUUUUAAACCACCCGCAACCCACACCGGUGCCAAACAACCCUGCUCUAAGCGCAUCAGAGUUCGGAUCACCACCCAACAGUGCUUUUCUGGUCGAUGAUGCUCCAGUCACACCUGGGUAUCGAUUUUCCGACGUGGGUCAGCUACCGCAGUGGGCCAAAAGGAAACCAUCCGAAGAUUUGCAAUCAAAUUCCCCUGUACUCGGCAGUAGUCCAAGCCAAGGUGGUAGCAAUUUCGGUGGCCUAGCGCCAAAACCAAGAGGACGCUGGGGUCAGAAGGGUGUCGGUGGACAGCUAGAGGAUCCGUUCGAUCUAAGAAACAUCGUCGAGAGUAGUCCGCUUGGCACAACGUUUACGACAGAGCAGCGACAACCCACAACACCAACACCUCCACAGCCUGUCACUGGUCAUCCUACGCAUCCACCGGCAACUAACACACCCACGUCCGGUUAUAAUAGCAGCGGAUCAAAGGAUGUUUACAGCAACGCCUACCUCAGUGAAGAUAGCUCAAUCGACAGCGGACGGGAGAAUCGGCGGCCAGAUCUGAGUUCUUUCCUGCACAAGAAGAUCACUGAAACGAAGGCGCUGAACAGUUUGAACUCGGAAUCGAACACCGAACACGACGGUGACGUGGAGGAUAUAUCGGAUGGUGAGCGAACGAGCUCGGAUCAUGGCAUGGUGUAUUAUCCAUCCGCAGCACCAUCCACUCCAACUGAUUUCAAAAUUAACGAUGUCGACACAAAUGAGCUGCGCAAAUCGAUUCGGCGACAGAAGCUAGAAAAGCAAGGUCUUAGCCUAGCGGCCCAAUUUCAGAGUGCUGCGUCUGGUACCGGUACGGGAACGUCCGACGACGAGGAUGAAGGAUCUACCCCAAGCGGUGAUAAUGCAGAUCGAUCGCUUGCUUCGACGCUUGGAGGAAGUUCGGAAAGUAUUCCUCAACAAGCAUCGUCCACCUUUCUACAGGCAGUUCUCGACGGGCCUGGCAGUUUAUCCGAUCGCGAACGUUCACAAGCGCGAAAGAGUGUGAGUGCUAAGCACAACAACGAUUCGAAGAUUACGACCAGCAUAUCAAAAUCGUUUGCCAACAACAAAAAGGAGGAGCUGAUGAAGGUGAUCAACGAGGCAAAGGCAAAGCUGGAGAAUGGGAUAAUGUUUCAUAAUAAGCGUCCAUUAAAUUAUGCUCAAUUCAAGGUCGGCUACCGAUCCGGUUUACGCGCUAGUCACAGUAUAUCCGAUUUGAGUCACUCGAUGAACAUGUCCGGAGCAAGUCCGAACCGUACACAGCGGAUAGAAGUAGAUAACAAUUUAGGUUCCAGAAUGUACCCAGCAGUGUCCGGUGCUUCCGGGCCAUAUGGAGGGUCUGCCACCCAUAUGAAUGCAUCAAAUUUUCUUCACAGUGCUGCCCCACGAUCGAAGCUUGCCCAAAAUUGUAUACUUAUGAACCAAAUACAGCAGGAACUUCCACCAUAUCCGCGAGAUGUUGGUAUUUAUGAGCAACCAGCACAACGACCCGAUAAACUAGAUCUGGUUGAGCUACCCCCAGUGCCAGCCGAUAAGCUACGGAAACAUCCUGGCAUACUGAAGAACUAUAAAUCCUGUCCCGUGUCACCCGUGCACGAAGAACAGGAAUGGUCCAGUCCUUCGAAUCACGACGAAUCAUCGCACAAUCAGCAAAAGCCACACGAUCGCACCGGUCGCCAUGGGCAGAUGCGUCACUCGAUGUACUACGAAGAUGCGAAAACGAUAUUGAGCAUGAUACAUUCCGACACCGAGAAGAUGAUUCGUGAAAUCACUAGCAAGUACGGUGAUCUGGAUGAUAUACAACCGACCGCAAAAGUAAAAGAUGGCGAAAAGCCAGCAUCAUCAACAACAUCUUCCAAAGAUCCCGACCCAAAAGCAGCCGCUCCGCACGACCAGCACGAGCACGGGUUUCUUUCGGAAGAUGAACCGAACUUUAGCUCCGACUCGCUAGAAGAUUGUAGUCUCGAUUUGGACUUGGAACGACACGGCCAACCGGUACCACCAGCAAGAAGAAAACAAUGUGCCAAACAUAAUCCGGCCAAAAAGCUGCAACCCUCACUGCCAAAACGAUCCGUUUCCGAUUACUUUAUCUACGAUCAACCACCGCAAGGUGCACCGUACGAAAUUCCUUACCGAAACGUCUCGCUUUCCGACAUCCUGGAUGAUGAGGAGGCGAUCCGACAGGCGGAGAAUCGGUUUCUCGAAACGCAACGACACUCGAGCGCCAGUUUCUUUCUGGGCCAGCAGUACCCAACGCGAAAGAGUCAAGAAAGCAUCCUUUCAGAUGAGUUUGGUAGCGGUGGAGUUAGUUUUUGUAACAGCAUGGAAAGCAUCCUGUCGGAUGACUCCGAAUGCAAGAGUGCUCCGUUGGAAGUGCUGUUCGGGCGCAUUCGUCGUGAUCAUCUUGCGCAUCACGGUGGGCAUGGACAUGGAGGUGGUGUUGGCGGUCGCAAUGCUACCAACUUCGAGUACAAACUUGAAGGCAUUGGUUGUGCUACUUCAAAGUCGUACGGAUCGAGUCCUAACGCUGGCAGUGGCUUCGAUUACUAUAUGCAAGGUAAUUAUUUCCAUGCGACCGCUACGGAUAGUAGUUACUUCGGAAUGGUACACGACAGCUUGGAAUACGGCGGACAUGAACGACGCGCAACAGUUCGCCAAGGAGCACCCGGAAUGCCCACGUCGAUUAGUUAUCCCCGGUUUCUGCCCAGUCUUGCGUCUGCCGGUGCAGCUCCACUGUCCAGCGGAAGGGAGGAGCUACUUUUUAAUGAAACAUUUGAAGAGGGAGAAGAUUUCAUCCCAUCCCUUACAUCGAAGGCGGCCCAGUACGGAGGUGCCACCGUAAAAAGCUUGAGCAAAGAUUUUGCCAACCAGCGAAAGCAGAUGAACUCGAAUCCACUCUACAACUGCAACGAUGGCAGUGGUGGGAAUGGGGAUCUGUUCAUACGGAAAACUCUAAACGCCACUAAUCAACACCAUCAGAUCACGCGGUCCGACAUAUUCGGCACGGAAUCUUCAGUGUAUGUAAUGAAGAAGUCGUGCAGUUUCGAAAUCGAAAUGGGUGGUCGUCGUAUAGCGCGGAAUUCUAAAAAGUUCGAACAAAACCUGCAACGUUUCGAGCAGGAGCGAAAGCAAUCGAACGACCGCUUCCACCAUCAACAGUUCGGUGGAACGUUGGAGAUGGAUUACGUACCACACAAACCACCGGUUGCCCAUCGACGAUCGGCUAGUAUGAAGGGUCGUGGACGAGUGCGUUCCAAGGAAAAGUUCAACACGAUCAUUGGUCAGAUGUCCAACUCCACCGGUCAAUGUGACGAACCUGCGAUGAUUGGUGGCAAACUGCGUGAUUUUGUGAACCGAGAUUUUGUGUUGCCACCGAAGUCUGGGGAAGUUAUGUCGGUGUCAGUUGGUGGAAUACGCCGUAGCGAUAUUGGUGAAGAAAAGUCUUUCGAAGUGUAUGUCGCAGAGAAGGGUGUAAGUGAGGAUGAUAAUAUGGAUAGUUUGGAGCUGCUCUCCAAGGCAAAAAAUGCCGCUUGCGUGAGGAAGGAAAAUUCUACCGAUUCACUCGAGGUCAGCGUUCCACCGAGCGAGGGUGUGACUGAGAUCGGUGUAGAAGCUCUGGAAGAGAUGGAACCAACCGAAGACGACGAUGCGAAACCCGCAGAAGAGGCACUGGUCGCCGAGGAAGCACUAGAACUACCAAAGAAGAGUCUCACCCAGGGAGCGACUAGUGAGCUGGAAAAGUUAAUCGAUCGUGGGCUCCUAACAAGCGGGGAAUACAAUCGUUUUCUUGAUAUAGAGAAAAAGAUCGACAUCAUCAAUAAGCUUGUGGAGCUAGAGGAACGUAAACUGGAGCAGGAACGCACGGCUAAAGAGUAUCGGAUGCGCCCAUUCGAAUGUGAUCCACGGCAGAAGGGUUAUGUUAAGAGCUUGACGGAAAACUUUGACCGAUUGGCAAAGGAUGCGCAGGAAGAGCUGGAAAAUGAGAAGAGUUGGCAUCUGGCAAAAGCUCGCAUGAAGCGCAACUUCAGUUUGCCAGAUGUACUAGAUUUUGGGGCGGAUUGUUGCUGCCGGCAGCAUGGCAAAUGCUGCGAGCAGGAAGGCGAAGAUUGCGGGUGCUGUGGUGAUGGAUGCGAUGCGUACAAGCAGAAAGACGAAGAAGAACUGUCGGAAAAGGAUGAAAAUUCGAUGGCGGCCGCUGUUGCGGCAGUUGCUGCUGCCGUCGCUGCCAUUGGAAUGUCGAGCAGCGAUGAAGGUUUCUAUGACUUUCUCCCUACAAAUUGUUCCAAUUUAGUUGUUUCGUUAUUUACUGUUUCGGUUUCAUUUUCCCGAUAUUCUGUGGGAAGUGUUUUUCUAUAGUGAUUUAUAUUGUUUCUGUGUUUUCUUUUACCUCUGUAGCACGACAACUAGAACCUUUCAAUCUUUAGUGGUUUUGUAUAUUUUUUCUUAUCAAACCAAUUGUCUGUUGUAAUGAAGAAGGUUCAUUAGUUGUGUUUCGAUACGUUCUAUGUUUCUACAUAUUGUAUUUAAAGUGUUCUCUUAUUUUUACGUUUCACGUUCAGAAUGAUUUCACGCUUCUUCGUAGUUGUUCAUUGUUAAUUAUUACUUGUCGCUAUUUAGUGUACUGCUUUUAGGGUAGUCUGGUGUAGCUGAAUAUGAUGCAAAUAAUUGACACGCUUUGCUUUAACAUGCUUCCGCUAGCCAUCCACCAAUGUCAACCUGCACCACAUCGUAAAUUUCUCCUGUGGAACGAAUUCGGGUGAAGGUCGGGUGAAGAUUACAACUGAUCUUACGAUAAUGCCCGUAUCCAUUUUCAAAGCGUCUAAUACACCUCAUUCCAUACUGUAAAGAGCCCGUCUUGGAACGGAAUGUGUCGCGCCAAUCCAUAAACUUCGCGCGGACGUCGUGUUAAGUAAACUAGCGUCCUUCUCUGAUAAAGCUUUCGGUUAUAAUGCAUUAAAAAUAGCAGCAAACACCAUCGUCUCUAAUUCACCACUGAUCUCUGUAAACUUAUCAUUCCGUAGUACAUGUAUUACCACCACUCGAUAGCCAAACUAGUCCGUUCGUUGUAUAUAACCCAAGCGUAGCUGUUUGUUUACUUUCGUUUUGCACACUUAGUUGUUGAAAGCGAAUGAUAUGCCCAAAGGCUAACGUUAAAUGAAUUUGUUUUUCUUUUCUUUUCUUCUCUCCCUAUAUCCAUUCUACACUCGUUGGUGUGUACGCGACCGUGUGUAUCGAAUGACGAUGAUAAUCAAAAUUAAACGGCACCGAUCUGAAACGCAAAAAUGCCCGUUUAUAUGCCCGCGUGUGAAACAAAACAUAACCACGCACAAAAUAAAACCCCCCGCCCCGGGAAUGUUCCUCUGCGAAACAAUAUCAUACACAAUGCAACAUAAAAACACAAUUCACACACACAAUACAUAUAUUUCUGGCAACAUGUACACAUACUCCAAAUCGAACUUGUU